AUCCUUUAGUUGAAUAAGCAAAAGUGAACAGAGGAUCUCCAGCUACUGUUGUGUGACGCUGUAGGACACGAGUUCCAAUAUCCUGCCUGUGUCACCUAAAGAGACAUACUGCUGAAAGGGCCAUGGGUCGGAAGGAAUGUGGAGAGACCCCAAACGAAGCAGGAGGCACUGACACACUGUGUGCCCUGUCUGAGGACACAACACAGGAAAAGCACAUGGAGGACAGAGGACAGUGGGGCAACAAGUUGGAGUUUGUUCUGUCUGUUGCUGGAGAGAUUAUUGGUUUGGGGAACGUAUGGAGAUUUCCUUAUCUAUGCUACAAAAAUGGAGGCGGUGCCUUCUUUAUCCCAUAUUUAAUUUUCCUCUUCACUUGUGGGAUUCCUGUCUUUCUCCUGGAAACUGCGCUGGGUCAGUACACCAGCCAGGGUGGUGUCACAGCCUGGAGGAAAAUCUGCCCCUUGUUUGAAGGCAUUGGAUAUGCAUCACAGGUGAUAGAAAGUUAUCUGAAUAUCUAUUACAUCGUUAUCCUGGCAUGGGCAAUAUUUUAUCUUUUCAACUCUUUCACUGCUGAACUUCCCUGGGCAACUUGCAACCACACCUGGAACACAGAUAAUUGCAUUGAUGUCACCAGGAUGCUGGAGAAUCAAACAUUGUCUGAGAAUGCUACCUCUCCUGUUGUGGAAUUCUGGGAGAAUCGGGCCCUUGGUUUAUCAGACGGGAUUCACAACCUGGGCAAUAUUCGAUGGGAGCUGGCACUAUGCUUGCUGCUGGCUUGGAUCGUCUGUUACUUCUGCAUUUGGAAGGGCGUCAAAUCCACAGGGAAGGUUGUAUACUUCACAGCUACCUUCCCCUACGUGAUGCUGAUCAUUUUGCUGGUCCGUGGGGUUACUCUGCCAGGGGCAUAUCAAGGAAUCAUAUAUUACUUGAAACCAGACAUCAGUCGACUCCGGGAUCCCCAGGUCUGGAUGGAUGCUGGAACACAAAUCUUUUUUUCUUAUGCCAUUUGUCAAGGAUGUCUGACUGCUCUAGGAAGUUAUAACAAAUACAACAACAACUGCUAUAGAGACUGCAUUUGCCUCUGUUUUCUGAACAGUAUCACCAGCUUUGUGGCCGGAUUCGCCAUCUUUUCAGUUUUAGGAUUCAUGGCCCAGGAGCAGGGGGUUGAUAUUUCUAAAGUGGCUGAAUCUGGUCCUGGCCUGGCUUUUAUUGCAUAUCCAAAAGCAGUGACCAUGAUGCCUGUGUCCCCCCUUUGGUCGUGCCUGUUCUUCCUUAUGCUCAUCUUUUUGGGACUGGACAGCCAGUUUGUGUGCGUUGAGAGUCUGGUUACAGCUAUCGUAGAUAUGUAUCCAGAGGUGUUCAGAAAGAAAUUUCGGCGGGAAUUUCUCAUCUUAGGAAUUGCUAUCAUCUGCUACCUCCUCGGCCUCAUCCUGCUUACUGAGGGUGGGAUGUAUGUUUUCCAGCUCUUUGAUUAUUACGCUGCCAGUGGGACCUGCCUGCUUCUGGUUGCUAUUUUUGAAGUGAUCUGCAUUGCAUGGGUGUAUGGUGCAGAUCGGUUCUAUGAUGUUUUGGAAGACAUGAUUGGCUACAGACCAUGGCCAGUGGUUAAAUACUGCUGGCUGUUUGCCACCCCGGGAGUAUGUCUGGGAACGUUCCUCUUCUCUUUGAUAAAGUACACUCCCCUGAAAUACAAUAACAGCUAUGUGUACCCAACAUGGGGAUAUGUUAUUGGUUGGCUUAUGGCGUUUUCCUCCAUGAUCUGCAUCCCUUUGUAUGCCAUCUAUAUCAUCAUGAGGACUAAGGGUCCCUUCAUCCAGAGGCUGAAACAACUGGUAACCCCUGAUGCUGACCUUCCACAGCCUAAAAAGUAUCUUGCAGACCCUGUGGAACUCAAGAAAAAUGUUCUUCUGGCAGUGGAGGCUAAGGAUGGACUUAUCAUGUAUGAUAAAGAGACACGCUUCUGAGCUACCUGCUAAUACUUGUCAGAAUCAGCUGAAGGGGUCUCCUCGCCCUAGUAGAAUACUUGCCACCGCUCCCUUUGUAUAGCACCUCUCUACAUCUCACUUCUUUAACAUCUAUGUAUUAGGAUAUUGAUCCAGGGCAUUAUAUGUCUCCCACCCAUUCUGUGAUUUUGUCUUUCUUCUAUCUUGUAACCUCAUUGUAUCUCCUCUCACUCUCUCUCUCUCGCUCUUACUCUCUUUUUUGCUCUCUCAUUCUCACACUAUCUCUCAUUGUACUAUACCUAGUAACUGUCUGAUUCUUUCAUACCUACAGACAUUUUCCAGUACUAGUCUGAGACAACUGUUGAGAGCAGUGUUGGGAAGUGAACUCACUAGACACUAUAGGGCUUAUAUAUAGAAGCUUUACUCUGUAUUCUGCAGGGGCAAGUUUAUUGCUUAUACAAGUGUUUCUAGAUGCCAAGUGAUGUACUUGAAAGAUGUAGCACCCAUAUUAGUUGGGGACAAUGUUGAUUCACAUUUACUGAGAGAACAGCAGCCAGGAACAUAUACGUUUUUCUCAAUGUUCAAGAGACUGAUGCUAUAUGUUUCAAAUGGUAUAUAAAAUAGGUACUAGUUACUGCAGGUUCUGGGAUCAUAGACCCAAACUGGUAUAGUCUUACCGUUUCCACUACAUUGGGCAUACAUGUAUUUCAUCAGUUCAUAGUUACAUGGCAUGCUAGAUUAGCAAAUAAUGGUAAUGACUCUUUACUAAAACAAAUCUCAUGUUAAGCUUUGGAGCUGCAAACUUAGCGAAUCAGCACUUUAGGAUUAAUAUGGAAUUGGAGAGACUGGACUUACAGAAAAGCACUUAGACUGCAAUACCACAUAUACUUUCUCUUUUUCUGUCUUUACAUAUUCAUAUGCCUAGGUUUCUGUUUCCUGUUCUGUUCUAUAAAGCAGACCAAUACAAAAUCCGUUCAAUAAUGGGUUAUCAAGUAACAUAACAAUAUGAAAAAAUUGUCUUAUUUGAGAAGCCAUAAUUAGUGAAUGUAAUCCAUAUUAUGUUGCCUCUCAGUACUCAAGAUCAAAUUAUCUGAUGUUAAAUAAUGUGGUAUAAAUGUACUUAUAAUGGUGAGGCUUCUCCAAAAUGCUAUGUUACCACAGGGAAAGCAUUCUCUCAAUUGUGAAGGUAUUUCUCAUUCUGUACUGAACCUGCUUGAUAGAAUAGUUCCUAUCUCUUUGGUUCUGACUUUUGUUACUUACUUUAACACAUCUUUCUCUGAGCCAGGUCUCUUUCAACACCAAUGUACAGCACAUAUCAUUCUCUCAAUGUAUUACAACCUCUCUCACUUACAAUGCCAUCUCUAUGUACAUCACACCUACAUAUUUCUGCUGUAAGUUAAGCUCCCAUGUUUCUCAGAAAGAACCUUUUAUUGUAUAUGUUCACUGUAUUCUACCACACUUGGGCAUAUUAGACUGUUUGUGAAGGUUUCAGAUGGUCUUCUGUUUACUCACUGCUAUCAAUGCAAAUUUGCUGGAAGACAACUCCAGAGGCAUCUUCUUUUCUCUUACUGAAGACUAUAUUUUGAGAAAAGAAAAUUAAUUUUAAUAUAAAUACGAAUAAUACAUAUUCUUUGGACCAAUGCUGGACAAUGGAGCUGAGUAAGAAGGAAAUAAGCGGGCAUUUUCUUUUCGUUCACAGGACAAUAUGACUCACAGUGACUUUGAUUCCAAACCAGCCAAUAAACUUUAGGGGGGGGGGGGGGUUGUGGUCCAAGAGAUAAUUUUCCUGGUUUGAGCUAUCACAAUUAGUAUUUUAUCCCCAUUUUCAGUUGUUUUUUUUCUAAAUGCCAUAAUACUGUUUUCAAAUUUUAGAUACUUAACACUGGAAACAACCUGUAUCCUAAUCUAUACCCAAUGCCUUAAUGGGAACUUGGAUGAUUUGUUAACCCACAUUUUUAACGUAGUUAUUCUUUAUUAGACAUUUUUAUAAAAAAUACAAAAUAAAUUUAACAAUAAAACAUACCAGAAUCAAUAAAGUAA